CGGGUGCCCAGGUGGGUGCUGGAGGGCCACACCUGUGCCCCGCCCUGGCAGGCCGCGCUGUUCCAGGGCCGGCGCUUCGUCUGCGGCGGGACCCUGGUGGCGCCCAGGUGGGUCCUGACGGCCGCGCACUGCCACGCCCCCGGCCCCAUCACUGUCCGCCUGGGCCGCCCCGCCCACCGCCAGGUGCGCCCAGGUGAGGCCGCUGCCGGCCCCGCCCCCCCGGGCCGCGCCCCCGCGGGCGAGCCGGCCCCGCCCGGCGAGGCCUCACCUGCGCCAGGUGAGCAGCGGCGCUCGGUGCGCGUCUUCCGCUUCCCGGGCUACAACGAGAGCUCCAAGGACGGCGACCUGAUGCUGCUGCGGCUGCAGGUGCCCGCGCACCUGAGCCGCCAGGUGAGCCCCCUGCCGCUGGCGCGCACCUGCGCCGCGCCCGGCACCACCUGCCAGAUCUCCGGCUGGGGCUCCACCACCAGCCCCGAAGUGACGUUCCCGCAGGAGCUGCACUGCAGCCAGGUGACGAUCGUACCUGAGCUCACCUGCCGCCGCAUCUACCCCGACUCCAUCACCCCCAACAUGGUCUGUGCCGGGGAGCCGCGGAGCCGCGCCGACACCUGCCAG